GUUCUUCAUUUUUUGGUUUAAAGCCUGCGAAGAACCGCCACAUAUAAACGAUUAUGAGAAUUUUUGUUGCAUUUGAAGACGUUCGUCUGCCAAUGGACGUACAGCCAGGUCAGACAGUUCACGAUGUGAAGAUAGUGCUAAGGGAACAUUUCAAGUUGAAUUCAUCUCACGCAGAAGGAAAAAUUCUCCGAAUGUUGUACGCGGGAGCAAUACUCCGAGAUGAAUGGGUUUGCUCGGACAUCGGUAUUUCAUCUGGUUCGACAAUAAAAUCGGCAUUGAUUGAUUCUGACCAGCCUGUUCUUCACGUAGAAUGCCCCUAUAAUGGGGAAACUAUAGUUAUACGAGAUCAGCUGAAUUUUGCGACGACAUCUGUAAGUCAAUUGACACGACUUGUUUCUUCAAAAUCUGGUUUUCCUGUGUCUGUGUUCCGAUUAUGCACAAAAGAUGGCCGAGAAAUGUACAACUGUCAUAUGCUCGAUCGUUAUGGAGUUGACUUCGGAUCGGUCAUAAAACUUCAUGUGUGGGAUGGUUGGGCAGAACUGCUAAAGGCGGCAUCACAGGGCCAUACCAGAAAAGUUUUGAGAAAUGCCUCAGGAGAUGAACAGACAGCAAAAUUUCAGCUAAGAGUAGCAUGUUACAUUGCCGCCCAUUUUGGUUUUGUGGACUUGGCUAACUCAAUGCUGAAUCCAAAAUCUGGUGCGGUCAAACCCGAAGAACCAGUCGGUCAGCAUCCUGCUAAACUUUGGUCAAAGCUAUCUGCACAUGCCGACACGUGGAAAAGUCCUGUUCAUGAAGCUGUCAUUUGUGGAAAAGUUAACGUCCUGAGAAUAUUUGUCCAAAAUAAUAUUUGUUGUCUAGUUGCCAAAGAUGGAGAAGGAAGAACACCUAUGCAAGUAGCAUUCUGCCAUAAACAACUGGAAUGUGUCCAGUAUUUAUCGUCAAAAUUGUACAGCAGUCACACAGAAAAUAACAUUACUCUCCCGGUGCUUAUCGUGAUAAAAACUAGAAAAUGGUGUGAGACUGCUCGUGAUAAUGUUCUUGCCAACUCGGGAUCGUACAAAUCAUCAAUGAGAAGACGCCCAUACAAGGCACCGGCAAUGGUUGGACAUGGGGUUCUGGUGGAUGGAUAUAGCGAUAACCAAAUGAAUUCAAAAUCGAAGUUGGAAAUAUUAUCUAUGCCGGACCCCGCAUUUCAUCAGAUUCCGGUAUUCAAUGAUGGCUCAAGACUUGAUCACCGAAGGCACAAGAUUCGUCAACGAUAUGAUUCUCACUUAGGCAAGACCGAAUCUGCACUUUCUCAUUUGAAAAAACGAGACGUAAAAUAUUCUGAAAGUAGCGAGAUCACAGAUGAUGCACCCCGACUACCAAGAAUUAGUAGACGACGCAAUCACGUGUCCUACGACACAGAAGAAAGCACACCUACUGAAGAAGAUGGAGUGAAUACUGAUUCUGCAUCGUAUAUACAAACACCAAAACCAGGACAGGGUGGACUACCCGCUAUUCGUGAAGGAAAUGCUCGACGUACCAUGCGUAAAAAAGUUUUAAUUGAAGGAAGCAUACCACUUCCGGCUGUCAGCGUCGAGAAUCAUUUGCGACCAUUUUUCCACACAAGUUCAAGAUUAGAGAAUCCAGUUUUAGUCACAUUGCGAUUGUUCGAGAAUUAUCGACAGAUGACAUCACGAGAAAACGCAAUCCAAUGCAUGACUGUAGCGAGCACUUUUAAAGACAAGGCAUGGCUUAGGCAAGUUGAUUUAGCCAUUUCUCUUGCUCGUAGAGGAGUGUCCAACAGUUUAUUUGACGACACACCGCAUGAUGGAAGAACUUUACCAACAGUCGCUGCAAGCCCCAUAAAAACAAGAGAAUAGCUUCUGAAUGGCUAUACCUCACGUGGAGGCUAUUUAAUUCCAUAUUAAUUGAAAUGUACAAAUAUUUUUACCGAAAUUUAAUGUACCUCAGAAUAUAUACUUUUUCCUACAUUCGUUUUAGGACAAUUUACUCUUUUCGGAUCGGACAAUCUUACACAUUUAUCCACUUGUAGACAAUAAAAUGAAAUUUUUGUAUUAUCAGGCUUUUCAUCCAUACAUGAUGUUUUAUACAUGUUAUGUCGU